AUGAGCUGUGAACAAACCGGGCGAUCAAGAGCUCAUUAUUGCGACAAUCGGCCAAUUGUCCUGCAAACAUUCGUGCCGACGUGUUACAGGUGGUUUGUGCUGGAUCGAGGUGGGCGUUGGCGCUGGCUAACCUCCAUACCGUCGUCGAAACCGGAGAGUGGGGCCUGCCUGGCGGACCAAAUUAAGCGUCGCGAAUCUGAUCCUCCAUUGGCUUACCGCGCAAUCCAACAAGUGGCCAAGGACCAAGGACUGCUGUCAACGAUUAUCAUGAACGUUGACCACUGGUCAUCGAUAGGCGUGUUUGAACAGGUUGCCGGCAGUUGGUGGAUACGGAUUACAGCAUAG